AUCUAUUAUUCGUCCGAUAUUUUAUUGAUUAAUACUUGUGUACUUACGGUAUUAUUUUAUAAUAAUUCAUUUAAUUAAUUAAAUGUGAUAAAAUGGCAAAACGACAAGGUAGAGUAUAUUUAGGAUACGAAGAAGAAGUAAUCGGUGAAAAAAAUCAAACAAUUCUUAAUUACACAGUUAACAAAAUCGGCGGAUUACCCGAUUGGCCUCCGUUGUCUAACUUGCAGUUUUCUUCCAAGUGCCCUUUGUGUGGAUUACACAGAUUAUUGAUCGUUCAAUGCUAUGCUCCACUAGAAAAUUCCGUUUAUCACCGAACAAUUUAUGUCUUUGCCUGUAUUAGCCCCAACUGUUGGAUUCAAUCUGAAAGCUGGUUAUGUGUUCGAAGUCAGAUUCAAGAAAGCUUACCAACAGAAUCAAGUACAACUGUUGUUAUGCCAAUUGUUGAUACUAAUCUUUCAUGGUGUAAUGGUGCCGAUGAGUGGGAUGAAAAUGACAAUGGAGAUACAGCUAAUGGCAAUGUUAUGAAUGUUGAUAAUGCACCAAGUCCAAACAAUACAUUGCAAAGACAUUCAGAUGAAGAUGAAGAAAGCAAUUCAUUUGAAUUAGAAUCUGUGGAGCAAGCUCUUGGUAACUUACAGAUGUUUGAUGCACACAAUGCUAACAUGUCACCUGUUCAAGGAGCUGUGGGAGCAAUUGGUGCCCCUGUAGCAGCAGCUGAACUUGAAGGAGGAGAUGAGCCAGGGCUGGUUACAGUAGAUACCCCUACAGCACCUACAAAUGAUGUUGAAGCACUUUUACAUCAAACGGCGGAACUUCCAACUGACUUGAGAAGCAAACUCGUAUGUGGGCCAUUACAAUUUGUGCCUAAAUAUAUUUUUGUAGAAGAAGAAUGGAACAAGAUGUCAAGUAUUGAUGACAAAGUGAAUGAAUUACUAAAUAAGUACAGGAGAGAAAAUGAAAUAGAACCAUGCGGUGGCGAUCGCGUGGGUGGCGGCGGUGGUGGUUCUGAAGAUGAACCAUAUGAAGAAGCAACUCCACUACACGGCGAUAAAUUAUUCCAUUCUUUUUUAACACGCUUACAAUCUAAUCCUGGACAAAUACUGAGAUACACUCGAGAUGAACCUCCUUUAUUGGGUGCCCCGUUGCCAAGUACAGCAAGCACUCCAGAGUCACCAUGUAUACCUACUGCCUGUCUCCGCUGCGGUUCCAGACUUAUUUGCGAACUUCAACUUGUCCCAGAAUUUGCAGAAACCUUACGUUUGCAUCCAAAUAAUAUUUAUUUAUCUCAUUUACAUUUCUUAUCGGUCCUCAUUUUUACAUGCUCUCAAAGCUGCUGGCACCAGUCUGAUACUCUUGUAAAGGAAACUGUUGUAUUCCAACCAGAAGUUGUAUGAACUUACAAAUAAUUAAUCUGAGCAAUAAUAAUUUAGUAUUGCAAUAAAUUUACUAAUUAUUGACAUAUUAUGUAUUUGUUGAAAUAAGAGCCAUACUACAAAUAUUUAGCCCAAAACAGCAAUAAUACUAAAUUAAACAUGGUUUAUAUAAAAUGAACCAUAAUAGUAACAUUACAGUGCUGGAUCUCCCCCAUAUAGCAUACUAAUUGUGACAGAAUAAAAAUAUAUCUCACCCAUCCUGAUCCCUAGGAUAUCGUAAAAGGCAAUUAAGAAAAUAAAAUACAAUUCAACAAUAUUAAAUCACUUACCUUGGUAUUAAUAAUUAGUUAAAAUCCUUUAUCAGAGUGUUAGGAGUAAUAACUACCAUGCUGUAGUCCCCAUAUUUUUAAUUCUACAAAUUUUAAGCAUCAAAAUUUUACUAGGUACUAUAAAAAUGUUACCAUCAUACACAAACAUGUACAUAUUUGUUAUCCCUGAUUUUUGACUUGCUUGAUGCAUAGUUGUUCACUAUUUAAUUAUUUUCAUGUUUUGUCUGUAAUUUUGAUGGUUUUUAAUAUAGCUGUUCUUUAUUUACGUUAGACGUAAAUUAUAUAAAUAUUAUUGUUAAAAGUUUCGUAAGUGCACGUAUUUUUUAAAUAUUCGCUUAUUCUUCAUUUAAUUACAGAAUUAAAUAUAAUACCGAUCCAAUAAAUAUCAAUAUUUUUACAAUAUGAAAUAUAAAAUUACAUAAUUUGGUGACCAUAUUAUAAUUAUUUAAUAAUUAUAACUUAAAAUAACAGCAAUUGUUUCGUUUCAAUAAUGUAAGUGUGUGAUUGCCAUCCAUUUUGUGGUAUUUAACUCAUUCUCCAUACUGCCUAGUUGUUUAGAAUAGAUUUAAGAAUAUUUUUAAUAUUGAGAACAUGCAACUCUCAAUUGAUAACUGUGAUUUUUACUAUUUGAUACUUAGUGCCGGUCCAUGAAAUUGUUAUAUUACUUUCAGAAUCUGUAAUUCUAUCAUAAGUUUUACUGUUACAUGUUUAUCUUAUUUAUGUACCUAUUAUGUAAUAAAUAGAUUAUUGUAUUAUAAUACAAUUCCAUAUUAACA